AUGCAGACAUUUGUGCCGAAAAACCGCCGGCCUAGAUUCGAUCUUUUUAUAGAAAUCCACGACCUCAACAAUGUCCCGCUCGUCUCCGGUCAAGCAUACGUCAAAUGGCAUCUCCAGGGCUCAAAUCGCGCCGAAGCCCGAGGGCGCACCACGAAGGAAACAAUAAAGGACCAUAAGGUCGCAUGGCACUUCACGCAUACCUGCGAAGAGAUCCGGAUGACAAUUGGGCGAAAUGGGAUGCUGCAGGAACAGCUCCUCAUCUUUGAGGUCUGCCAGGAGUAUGCGGGCGCGAGGGAGCGCAUUACACUGGGGACGGUGCAGCUCAAUUUGGCGGAGUAUACGCAGGUCCAUAGGGAUACAAGGAGGUAUCUGAUGCAGGAUAGCAAGAUUAAUUCGACUUUGAAGAUCACAGUUGCGCUGACCCAGGUCGGAGGAGAUGAAAAUUUCAUAGCUCCACAAUUACAAGGCGCCCAGGUUUUUGGUGGUAUAGCAGGAAUAAUCGGAGAAGCUCGAGAUGUGGAAGACCCCGGACAUCGUUCUAUUUCCAGAUUUCAAAAGCGGGACAGAAGCGCGAUCCACGACAUGUACCGCAGCACCCUCGCAGCUUCGUGGCAACUUCAGGCAGGUGAACUCAACCCGGAGGAAUGCAUAGAUGAUAUCUUUGCCGGUGGUGAUGGCUGGACCCCCCGCUCCGAACGAUUCCGCCGUGGGAAACCCAAAUCACGGUGGGGGGAAUUCAACCACAGGAAACACACACCUCGCUUUGCUAUACCACCUACGGAAAGGAGAGCAAGCGGCAGAAGUAGUAUCCGGAGCACUAAGAGUGAACGAGAAGUUGACGAGGUGCGCGCAAGGGAGGAUCUGGUUAGCUGGAAAAUGCCAGCGGUGUCGCGAUGA